AUGUGCUUGGGAGAGGAGGACAUGGUUGAAAUAGAGAAGAGCAAUGAUGGAGGCAUUUCUUCAAAAAUGCAAAAUGAUAAGGAAAAGAAGAAGGAAACGUACAAAGCUCCACCUCCUUAUUGCCCACCAAUCCCCUUUCCUCAAAGGCUUCCCAAGAAGAAUGUGGAGAUUGAGUUCUCCAAAUUCCUUGAAAUUUUUCGGAAGAAGAAGAAAUUGGAAGAAUUUGAGAUGGUCAACCUCACCGAAGAAUGUUGUGCCGUUCUUCAAAAGAAGCUACCCAUCAAGAUCAAAGAUCCCGGGAGCUUUACCAUCCCAUGUGAUGUUGGUAAUGGUCGUUGUGGUAAGGCCUUAUGUGAUUUGGGAGCAAGCAUAAACUUGAUGCCUCUCUCAAUUUUCAACAAGUUUGAAAUUGGAACCAUUAAGCCAACCACAAUUGCUCUACAAAUGGCGGACCGUUCCGUUUCAUAUCCGAAGGGGAUAGUGGAGGAUGUUUUGGUGAAGGUUGACAACUUCAUUUUUCCGGUGGACUUUGUAGUGUUGGACAUGGUGGAGGACAAAGACGUGCCUUUGAUUCUUGGACGUCCAUUCUUGGCAACGAGGAGAGCCCUAAUUGAUGUUGCAAAGGCUCCCAAGCACAAAGAUGGGGAAGAAAGAAUGAAAAUGGAGGAAUGCAAAAUGAUGCAAGUGAUCGAACCUUGCAUCAACUUGAAGGAAAAAUUGAAGAAAGAAAAGGGAGAGGAGAAAGAUCCAAGCUUGGAGUUGAAGCUUCUCCCCACACACUUGAAGUAUGCAUUCUUUGGUGAGAAUGAGAUACAUCCAACGGAGUAA